AUGGCUGAUCAAGAUCCAUUCAAGCAGGAAAUAAGAGAACCAUCAGACACAAUAACAGACCAGUUGUCACGAACCAAAGUAGAUUUCGAAUCCAAAUCAAACAUGCCGGAAUUAAUAAAAAAUUCAAUUACUCAAGUAAUGUCUAAAGUUGACGAAGUUGACAAUUCAGUUAUCGACAUUAUUGGAGCUCAAAUGGAGUUCCUUACUGCUGAAUUCCAAGAUUGUAUAAAAGCAACCCAAGAUUUAUUUACAGCUUUAACGAAUUUAAAGGACGGACAGACAGAAAUUGUUCGCCGCAAAGCUAGUAAUGCUACUAGCCUUGCCAGCAGUAUCGAGAAAACAAUGACAUGUAUUCGUAGAUUAGGUGAUGAUAAAUAA